AUGUAAGUCUAAUCCGGGCAACAGUAAAAGCAGGAAAAUGAAUCCUGCCCUUUUUUUAGUGACUUGCAACUGUAGUCAGAGGAAUUUUCAUCAGUCGGCGUAGCUGUGAAGGUGGACUUAGAGUGAGGGAUGAAAACCUGCUGCUGGAAUUGUGUGGCAUGUUUUAUUCUCUCCAUCUCUUUGUGUGGAUCUAUUUGUUGCCACUCUUAAAACUUGGCUGCAAGAGGUGUCUGCUCUGUUUUUUUAAAAGAAACUGCAGGACUUUUACUCUUUUCCUUCAUCUUCAGAUGAAAACGGGAAGACGGUUGAUUGAAUCAAGAAUAAACAUAAUUUUGUGCAACUCUUUUGAUUUUUGUUUUUCACAUUUACUUGGACUUCUUAAAUCCCGCAGAGAUUGCAGUUUUGUUUGACCCAGCUAAAAAGGAGAAGCAACAAUGUAGUCCCUGGGUUUGGACAGGAUUUUCCUCUGAUCAAUGAUCCAUCACUCUUUGCGCACAACAACCUGGGAGGGAUUUCUUGCAGCCUUGCAGUGUUUUGCUCGAUUCAGAGCAUCCUUCAGACUGAACACUCUUGGAAAGGUUCUCAGACUUUCUGCCCUGAGGGAGUUUUUCCCAUCUAAUUUAUUCAGAGGAGAAUUUAAUUAGAGAAGACUUUAAUCGGGACCGUCGGCCAGAAGCCAGGAUGCAGGUGUCAUUGGUGUGCACGGAUCACCGUGGGGGGGUGAGCCGCAACACGGAGGACCGGCUAAACCGUCAGAAUGCCAACAGCCCCAGCACAGGCACCCGCAGCAAGUUCAGAGCGGUGGCGAUGGUGGCACGUAGUCUUGGGCAGCUCUCUGUUCAGAGCGUGCCCUCCUCCAGCGAGCAAAGUGUGAAGACUGGCAUGAAGUAUAGAAACCUUGGAAAGUCGGGCCUGCGUGUGUCCUGCCUUGGAUUAGGAACAUGGGUGACAUUCGGCGGACAGAUAACGGAUGAGAUGGCAGAGCAGCUGAUGACUCUGGCCUAUGAAAAUGGCAUCAAUCUGUUUGACACAGCGGAGGUCUAUGCUGCUGGGAAGGCAGAGGUGGUGCUCGGGAACAUCAUAAAGAAGAAAGGAUGGAGACGCUCCAGUCUGGUGAUAACAACAAAGAUCUUCUGGGGCGGAAAAGCAGAGACUGAAAGAGGCUUAUCUCGAAAACACAUUAUAGAAGGUUUAAAAGCUUCUUUAGAAAGACUGCAGUUAGACUACGUUGAUGUGGUUUUCGCCAACAGACCUGACCCUAACACACCUAUGGAAGAAACUGUACGAGCAAUGACCCACGUGAUAAACCAAGGUAUGGCCAUGUACUGGGGAACAUCCCGCUGGAGCCCGAUGGAAAUAAUGGAGGCUUACUCUGUGGCAAGGCAGUUUAACCAGAUUCCUCCUAUAUGUGAGCAGGCAGAGUACCACAUGUUCCAGAGGGAGAAAGUGGAGGUGCAGCUGCCUGAGCUUUUCCAUAAGAUAGGUGUGGGGGCCAUGACAUGGUCUCCACUGGCCUGUGGGAUCAUCUCUGGGAAAUAUGAUGGCAGAGUGCCUCCCUACUCUCGGGCAUCCCUGAAGGGCUACCAGUGGUUGAAGGACAAGAUCUUGAGCGAGGAGGGCCGGCGUCAGCAGGCGAAGUUGAAAGAGCUGCAGGCAAUCGCGGAGCGGCUGGGCUGCACACUGCCCCAACUCGCCAUCGCGUGGUGCCUACGGAACGAGGGCGUGAGCUCUGUCCUUUUAGGAGCGUCAAACACCGACCAGCUGAUGGAGAACAUAGGAGCCAUCCAGGUUCUUCCAAAGUUGUCCUCGUCCAUCACCCAUGAGGUGGACAGCAUCCUGGGGAACAAGCCGUACAGUAAAAAGGACUACCGCUCCUAAUGGGUGCGAUGGCCCCGCCCGGCAGGGCUGCACCCGGCCUGCAGCCGCAGCGCCCCACCUUUGCCUGAUCCUCUGUUUGCUUGAGCUUUUACUGAGUGAGACCCUGGCGCAUGAGUCUGGCCUCACCAAGGCCACGCAGGGCACCUCAUUUAGAGUUACAGAGAUAGGAAAAAGUGGGAAAACAUUCGAGUCACCUCCACAGGACGGGACGGGAUUAACGGAGAAAAACAGAACAGUAAGAGACGUUAGGGAUAUGCGCUCAUAAGUAAAUCAGUUAUACAUCCUAUUCAGCUGAACGUACUUUAAAAAUCAUAGAGAAAAUUUAGGGAAAACAUCUUUUUAAAAAACACACGCUUGCUUGGCACAGAUUUUUUUUUAAUCUCUUUCUAAAACUGAAUGCAACUGAAAAAUAUAUAUAUAAAGUUCAUACUGUACAAAUAUAUGAAAACUGCUGUUGCACAUGUACUAUAGCCAUGCAUUUGUUCCUGAGACGUUCUUUUUACAAACACUUGUGUACUGUAAACGUUCGUCAAAGUUUAAGUGUAAGAACGUUUGUGUUGUUAACGUCAGCGGCCCCCUCGAGGGCUUUAACAAUCAGCACUUUAGUACCGUCAGUAAAGGUGUUGGGGGGUAGUUUUAAAGAAGAGAGAACAUGAAUAUUGACAUAGUCCUGUCACAACCAUUGCACUAUAGAUUCACGUCGCCUCUCCUCUUCCUCCGUGUUCCCACUGACCGUAUCCUCGUCCAGCCUGACGCAACGCUGCUCCUGCUGUGCAACAGGAGCUGCACUCAUCCGCAUCACUGUGUUCCCCACCCUGCCGUCUUAGAGGCUGCACAGGGAGAGAUCACUUCUCACCAAAACCCUCUCCUUGAUCAAGAUCUGUUCAAGUGUUUGCCUUAUUUACAGUUGCAUCGUACUGUGCUUCGGGCUUCAGCGUAGGUAGGCAGCCCUCUUCUUUGGCUGGCUGCUCCCAUGUCCCCAGCUAAGGCUCGACUAUUGGCAGUGGGAGGAAGGAGGCACGUGUUCAGUUAAUCAGUGGGCGGCAGCAGCUCAGGGAACGGAGAAAGUGGUUUCAUGUGUGCGUUGGUGUUUGGGAGGUUGUAUCAAGUUGUCUUUAGUGAUCAUUUCAUUCUGUUUUUUUUAGUUUUCUUUUUAGCAUGGCUCAAGCCAAAGAUCUUUUUCAUCUCUUAGCUGACACACUCACUUCCUGCAAGAUUGAGUCACCUUUAAGCAUGUGCCGUCCAGCUUGUUAUAUCUAUUUAUGGGCUGGACUCUACUUCAUAUAUAUCUUUACCUGACCAAACGCUUUUAGUGGUUAACAAGAUAACUCCCUGGCAUUCAGAAUGUGUUAGUAGUGCGGCUAAGUGCUCUCAGGUCGGUAAGUUUCGGGUUAAGCAGCAAACGACCCAACACGCAGGCUUAAUGCAGAUGUCAUCAUAGUUUGUCCUCUGGGUGCUCUCUUCCUCCGACCGAAGCACAAGCAGAUCGCAUGUGACUCAUCUGCUGACGGGGCGAGCAAGAUGAUACUUCUCAGCUUAAAAAGUCCUGUACAUAAAUCUUUACAGCUUAUAAACUGUUACUAGCAGAAAACUACAACACACAAGCGCAGAGAAAAAAACUUUUACAUUAGUGUUAAUCAGAGAUGUAGGAGCUUCUCAGCUACAAUUGAAGGGAUGGGUGAGAGGUAACUUUUUGAGUUUUUAAUAAUCUGAUUAAGGUGUGUGUGUAUGUGUGUGUGUGUAUGUGUGUGUGUGUGUGCACGCAGACAAAGGGCAAAUAACCCAAUCCUGCUCUUUAGCCUGCUGCAACAGCUGAUCCAUGUUGAAGUCCAAUUUGUGGUAUCUUCUGUGUCUGCGUAAAUAAAACAGGCGAAAGCCAACACUGUUUUCUUUGGAGAAAAUAAGAAUAUUAUUGAGUUAAUUUGUCUGUGGAGUUCCUGUGUCUUGAUGUUUUCAUCUGCAGAGAGCAGAAAAGAAGUCUGAGACUUUAAAAGAGAAUAUGUGACAUUUCAGAAAAUAAAAAAAAUGUUUGUUUCUUUCUAAAAAGUGAGACUGACACCACUUUAAUAUGUUCUGCUGAAUUUGACUGUCGGCUUAGCCCAGCACAAAGAAUGGAUCCCAGGAGAGAACAGCUGUUUUAUCUCAGUCUUUCAGGAAUAAACAUUCAUCUGCCAGCAUCUUUAAAGCUCCCUAAUUAAACGCAUUGGACUGUUUGUUUCAUCCACAGAACAAAAAGACUGCUAAAAAAAACACUACCUGCAGUUUGAGGUCAUUGUUCAAAAUAAAUUUAAUGUUUAUGCAAUCCCAGGUUGCAUAAUACAAUUUAAAAUGGUACCCAUUUACAGUGUUCCACUCUCAGAAACAGUUGCAUUAAAAUAAAUGCAUUAUAACAUCUGCAGAACCUCAGAUCUUCCGUGAAGGAUCUCAAUAUUUAAUGCAUUUUUGCUCAAAAUAGACAAGAGUUAAACAAGGUGAAUGUAGCUUUUGCUGAGAGACCAAUAAAAUGUAUACCAGAACCAUAGCAAAUGGGGCAUAAAUGUUCACACAGUAGAAAUACAACUUAUAAAAUACAACUUGCUUAUCAAUUCAAUUUUGACACUCACUGGAAGUCCGGUUUCCCUCAAUGUGAGGCUAGGGCUUUGAGAAUAGGCUACGUCUACAGUUUUCAGAACCAGUAGAAAUUAAAAGGGCUUGCGCGGAUAAUUCUUGACCAGUGAAUUAAGAUGCAGUUUAGGUCGUCUAUUUCAAUAGAGCCAAAUAACCAAGGUCAGUAACUCAUUAACAAAUAGAACACGCAUGCUGGGCAGUUUCAGAGUGUGAGCAAAUGAGACCAGUGACCUCCAGUCACAGUCUGUCAAACAUUCUGACACUUUUUAAGAAGUGUCAGAAGAAAAUACUAAUUUUCUUCCUAUAUAAUUUUGCACCAGAAGAACUGGGAUGUGGUUCAAGCUAAACUAACCCAACAGUGUUUUCAGUCUAGCAUCAUAUUCAGAGACUGGAGGUGAAGGUGGUGUCAGUCUUAUUUGCCAAGAACUGAAAUAAACAUGUCUGUUUUCCCUUGAACUGCAAUGCUGUGCAUCAUGUUGGCCCAUCGCUGUUAUUUACUGCACAUUGUUGGAAUAACUUCAUGUUUGAGGCCUGUGUGUGUGUGUGUGUGUGUGUGUGUAGGAUGCCCUCAUCUGUGCAGGGAGAACCUAUGCUUUAAGAGUUUCUAGUUUAAUGUUUCCUGUUCUGAUGGUAUGUAAAAGAUCCAGGAAUGGACGGAGCUUAGGGUCAUACAGAGAAUAUAUUUUUUAUGUUUUAGCCUUUAAUGGCAUAGAGAAAGCUAUAAGAGCUCUUAUUUUUGUUUUCCCAUCAUGCUGCAUUAUCUUGUCAGUAUUGUAUGGAGUUUAAGGACUGGCCAAAACGUGUGUGUAUUUUGAGGAAUGCACACACACGGGUGCAGCAUCGUACUGAAUUCACUCUGAAGAUGACGCAGUGGGAGCCUGGUAUCUUCUGUACAUACUCUGACCUUUGUGUACAUACUUCUGGUUGUGAUCACCUCUGCCUUUUUCUCUUUUUAUUUCGGGUUUCUUUUUCGCAGGCGUUGCUAACCGCACUGUGCUUGAAUCUGAAUCUUAGACAGGAUGUACAGCUUUGAUCUUUAAAUGGAAAAUGAAGUAUUGAUAAAAGAAUGGUAAACCAA